AUGAUCCGGCGGUUCGUGAAUGUCGUGGCGGAGAACUGCAAGACCGGUAUAUACUCGCUGCACCGCCUGGACGUCUCCAAGCAUCUCUUCCAUCAGUCAAGAGCCGACGCACGGGUGGUGCCGUUCCUAGCAGAAGCACAGGACAACAGCAGUGAUGAGCAGCCGAUGCUGGACAGGUUGAAAGAGCUGCCAUCCGCCAUGACUACGUGGAGCAGCUCCAAUGUGGAUUACUUCUCACUUCUGGGCUCCCGCUGCAAGGAGGGUAGGAUCCUCUGCAUGAACAAGGUGGGCACCGCUGUCCUCUUUGACCCCCAUUCGAGUUCCAAUUUCAUCAUGCCAGGCCUGAAUCAGUUCGAGGGACCCGUGCCUGUGUCAGUCUCUGUUGCCCCGGCCGGUGACAAGGAAGAACAGUUGUACAUCAUGCACGGUGGUCCUGAUGGUGGACUGGAAUUGAACUCCAACUAUCACUUCAACGUCCUCAGAUAUGGCCCCCCGUUCUGUUGCCCUUGGAGCGAUGUUAAGGGUUGGUAUUGGCAGUCUCUUCCAGUGCCACCCUUUGUCGACGAUCCGCAAUACAAAUACAAACCAGCCGUCAUCAGCUCUUACACCGUGGUGGACAGUGGCCACACGAUCGUCUUCAGCGGCAGAGGGCAUUGGAACUUAUUGCUUCAACGCAAUGAGUUGCGAAUGGAAGCGUGCUGCCCUUCACUGGCAAAGCUGAGUACAUCUCUGAUCUUAAGCUCUGGCUGGGCUUCUGCCUCCGCAGCCCUGGUUCCCUUUGUGCAGCGUCUGGACUCUCUGACAUGCUCAUGGAUCACAAACCAAUGUCGUCGCAGAUUGCCUGGCCUGAUCACACGCCCAAGGAGUGGAUGGCAGUAA